CGGAAGUGGAGCUGCCGCCACCGCCGCCGCGGAUUCCGGAGCCGGAGUAGCUGUGCCUCCGCCGCCAGUGCCGCCGCUGCCUCCUGAGGAGUGGGCUUGGGAAGGAAGCCAUCUGUGCUCGGAGCUUCGCUCGCAACAGUCUUCGCCUCCUGCAGCUCUCCCACGGGAAUGACCAUGGAUAAAAGUGAGCUGGUUCAGAAAGCCAAGCUCGCCGAGCAGGCUGAGCGCUAUGAUGACAUGGCUGCGGCCAUGAAGGCAGUCACAGAACAGGGGCACGAACUCUCCAAUGAAGAGAGGAAUCUGCUCUCCGUGGCCUACAAGAAUGUGGUAGGGGCCCGCCGUUCUUCCUGGCGAGUCAUCUCCAGCAUUGAACAAAAAACAGAGAGGAAUGAGAAGAAGCAGCAGCUGGGCAGAGAGUACCGUGAGAAGAUCGAGGCAGAGCUGCAGGACAUCUGCAGUGAUGUUCUGGAGCUGUUGGACAAAUACCUUAUUCCCAAUGCUACACAACCAGAAAGUAAGGUGUUCUACUUGAAAAUGAAAGGAGAUUAUUUUAGAUAUCUUUCUGAGGUGGCAUCUGGAGACAAUAAACAAACCACUGUGUCGAACUCCCAGCAGGCCUACCAGGAAGCAUUUGAAAUUAGUAAGAAAGAAAUGCAGCCUACACACCCAAUUCGACUUGGGCUUGCACUUAAUUUCUCAGUUUUUUACUAUGAGAUUCUAAACUCCCCUGAAAAGGCUUGCAGCCUGGCGAAAACGGCAUUUGAUGAAGCAAUUGCUGAAUUGGAUACACUGAAUGAAGAGUCUUACAAAGACAGCACCCUGAUCAUGCAGUUGCUUAGGGACAAUCUCACUCUGUGGACGUCAGAAAACCAGGGAGAUGAAGGAGAUGCUGGGGAGGGAGAGAACUAAUGUCUAUCGUGCUUUGUGAUCUGUUCAGUGUCACUCUGUACCCUCCACAUACAUCCCUUUGUGCGAUAAAAAAAAAAAAAGUCGUAUGUCGACUUUCGAUUUUUCACAGCCUCAGCCUAGCAAAAAUGGUCCAUGGGAUAAAGCUGGUAUUUGUAUCUAAAUCUCAAGAUUGGUCACAUAAAUGCCACGGCAUUCUGAAGUUUUGAUUUUGAUUAACAGGAUUACUGUGUGUUUAAUUUUUUUUUUAACUGAACACUGUGAUUAUGGGGUUUUGUAACUUAACAGAACUCUUAACUGGUAGAAAAAGUAGACCCAAAUUAUGUGUAACUUUUUGGAAAGUUUAAUCUGAUAUCAAAAUAAUCACUGAAACAGUUCCAUUGUAAAGUUGUACAGAAAGUUAUAGAAAUUAUAUUGUGACGCUGGGACUUGGAGUGGGGCACCCUUGGUUGGCAUUUGAGUUCAUGGUAGUUGAUAGUAAUUCUGCCUGUGUUCAGGGUUUAUGGACAUUUGCCAGUUUGGGCUGUUGCCACUCAAAAGUCCGUGACAGCAAAAUGUCCAUAGUGUCAUCUUCUGAGGAAACUCCAAGCCUGAGAUUGAAGUUCUUUGUGACAGAUAACUGGGUUAUAACACCAUGAAAAGGCCCAGUGCUUGUAUAACCCUGUGACUAAACCCCCUUGAUUACAGCAAUGUGUUACUGAUAACAUGUGCUUCAGGAGUGGGAUCUGUUCUUAUCACCACAGGCUAAAAAGUAAAAAGCCCUGUAUGUUACAACGGCCUUACCUGUUACCUGGAUAAUACCUUUAAAAAUAAUGAUCUGCAGAGAUUGCCUUUCAUUUGAGGAGUGCUUAGUCAGAGUUCUCCCUAGCUUGGGGCUUUUAAAUUUUGAAAUCUAAACAUUCUUUCCCACUGUCCUUUUUGACAUUGACUUUGGUUUUCUCUUCCUUCUUUAAAUUUCUGUCCUGCUUCCUUACAUUUUUUUUCCUUUUGAAUUUUAUCUUUGUCUUUUGUUUUUAAUACUGCAUGGGCAGGGGUAGGGGGCCUGGAGGGGUGAGAGAACUAGUGAACACUUUGGUGAGCAGGCCUUGCUUCAGACAGUUGUGAAGAGCUUCAGCACCAUAGCUCAGUCUUCUUCCAGUUCUCAACACGGUUGCUCUUAAGUCAUGCCAAGAUCUGGAUCAAAAAGGUAUUUUUGAAUGUCUAUGAUUUCUCCUGUACUGCAGCCCUGAUAGUGCUUGUUAGUUCCUGUCACUGAAUCUCCCACAUGUACUCAUCCAGCCAAGUUAGCAGAUACGUUUAAACGAGACUCUGUAAUGCAGGGAAGUUACAUGGGGAGAGUCAAGAACAGCCCAGCCUACCAGUCUCACAGUAGCCCUCUCAACCUUUAACAUUACACGUAGCUGUAGUGUCCAUCUGCUGAAAUGAGAAAAGAGACGUUCAUGCACUGAUUUAAAACAAACCAAAAAAAGAAAGAAAAAAAAAAACCCUCUCCUUUCUAGCUGAAAAAAAAAUGUGCAGUUAAUCCUUGGCGCUUGAAAAUGCAGUAGUGAAUGUGGAACGAGCCUGUCUGUAUAUCUGGUAGCUCUUGCUUUGUUUUUCCUUACUGGUAUUCUGCCUCACGUUUGCUUCUGUGAUGGUUAUAUUGCAUAGCAAGCACACCCGUGGUUGUGAAAAUAGUAUAGAAAAAAUAGAAAAAUCCCUGGUUAUUAAUGUACUGGAUUUGUGUAUGUCUUUUAAACAGUUCUAGUUUCCACCUUACACAGAAUAAUCAGGAGAAGUGUAAAAAUUCAAAAGUGAAAUAAAAAAUUUUAUCAGU